GUGUAAGGCAAGUGCUUUGCUUAUGAAGAUCAACGAUUCACUGCGAGAAGAGCAGGAGUGCAGGUUCAUGGCAGGGCAGGGCCGGGUUGGCAUCGAAGAGAUUAAUUGAGACAAGCACUCGGCAGAGUUGCCCUGUUCGAGACCCCGCAUCAUACCAUGACGGUGUUUUCUGAACCAAGUCGCGACACCUGAAUUUAUCAAAGCUGCACACGACAACAUCGGCAUCCAAACAUGACUGAUGCGCAAUUCCUAUUUGACUCGGCGCGACAGCAAUACAACGACUUCGCGGGAGGCGUGGAAAGACAUUUCGAGAAUGUCGCGACACAAUUGAAAGACUGGCUACCCGAGCAAAUGCGCCCUCGUCCGCCUCCGCCACCACGCAGACUCACUCCUGCAACUUACUGGAACCAAGUAAACCGCUGGGUUUCGGACAACACCGCACUGAGUGCUGGUAUCCUUGCUUUCGUGGGUACUGGUGCUGUACUGGUUUUCAUACAAAGAACCACACAUGUGAAGAAGAGAAGAGCUAGGAAAUCCAACGGCGGUGCAAGAACAGAGGCUGUCGUACUUGCUGGUUCUCCGACCUCGCCCUUGACCACUGCCAUAGCCUUGGACCUCGAGCGUCGUGGUUUCAUUGUCUAUGUCGUGACGAGCAAUACCGAAGAUGAAACCCAUAUUCGCAAGCAGUCUCGUGUAGACUUGCUUCCCUUCAACCUCGAUGUUCCUAAUCCUGGCGAAGCUGAGGGCCAGAUGCAACGCUUCCAUCAUUUCCUAUCUCGCCAUCAUCAUGCCUUUGAAGGCGCCUCUUCGCAUCGUUUGACGCUAGCUGGAGUCAUCCUCGUCCCAGAUAUCUCAUCAGUAGCGGCAGGAUCAAUCUUACAGCUUUCGCCAGAAGCCUGGUCAACAGCUUUGAACGCCAAAGUCCUGCACACUAUUACCGUCGCGAAGUACAUGCUUCCCCUUGUAACAGAGUUCAAGAGCCGGAUACUUCUACUCACACCGAAUGUUGUCUCAUCGCUACGACCACCUUAUCGUGCCAUCGAAAGUACAGUCUCCUCGGCGCUCGGCGCAUUUGCUUCCUCCCUAUCAUCAGAGCUCAGCCUCCAAGGGCUGCACGCUUGCCACUUCAAGCUUGGAAACAUCGAGAUUGCCGGCAGCAAACAGAAAAAGGAUGACAGCAAGAGAGUCAGGGGUACAUCGAUACGGAAACUGCACGAGUCGAUAUUUGAUGCGUUGCACAGCAGCAAACCCAGUCGUACAUGGCACGUUGGCAGGGGCAGCUUGAUCUAUGAGCUGAUCGGAUCGUGGAUCCCUGGUGGAGUUGUGAGUUGGAUGAUGGGAUUGCAGCAGGUCCCCAGAAACGACGAUCAGCAAACUCCUGAAUCCGACGAUUCAUCAAGCGAUCGAUCAAUUACUUGGGAGAAGGUCUAGGAGUCAAUUUCUUCCCUCAUGUUCGGCUCGUAGACAAGCUCUCUCUUGCAGAACAGCAGGCUCUUUCUCGGUUGGACGAGGACUGGUGAUGAAUGUGGUAGUAAACGGGCAGCAGAGAAAUAAUGAAAUGGUUCGUCGACGACCAAGAUUGGAAGGCGGGUCCCAGACGCAGGGACGCUGAGCAGUCCGUCCGGGAUGCAACGUUACAACGGUAGUACAUGCUGUGAAAUGACGAUUGAAGACAUGGUCAAUCUAUUCUCGAAC